UUCCUUCAGAGGUACUGCUAUGGCUACUACAGUGAACUUGGAACUUGAUCCCAUAUUUCUGAAAGCUCUAGGCUUCUUGCAUUCAAAGAGCAAGGAUUCUGCUGAAAAGCUAAAAGCACUUCUUGAUGAGUCUUUGGCCAGAGGAACAGAUUCAAGCUAUCGUCCUUCCCAGAAGGAAGUAGAGCAACCAAAAGUAUCUGUUACCAAACCUAUUUCUAGUAAGCAAGAGCCUAAAGCUGCUUCUAGUUUGCCAUCAGGCAACAACAAUGGCAAGCCUGCUGUACCAGAGAAGGUGAAAAAAGAAACAGAAAAGAGAUCUGGUGAUAAAAUGAAAGGGGAAACUGCUGAAGGACUUGAUGCUCCAAAGAAACCAAGGCUAGAGAAGCAAGAAGCUCGUUCAUCUCCUAUUACAGUUCAGACAAGCAAGGAUUUAUCCAUACCUGAUUUAUCCAGCUUUGAGGAAACCAGUGCUGAUGACUUUGCCAUGGAAAUGGGUUUGGCCUGUGUUGUUUGCAGGCAAAUGACAGUUACUUUUGGGAAUCAGUUAGUGGAGUGUCAGGAGUGCCAUAAUCUCUACCACCAGGAUUGCCAUAAACCUCAGGUGACAGACAAGGAGGUGAAUGAUCCUCGACUUGUUUGGUAUUGUGCACGCUGUACCAGACAGAUGAAGAGAAUGGCUCAAAAGACCCAAAAAACACCUCAGAAACCAGCUCCUGCUGUGGUUUCAGUUGCACCAGCUGUGAAAGAUCCAUUGGUCAAGAAGCCAGAAAUUAAGUUAAAACUUGAUACCCCACCAGCUUUUCUGGCAUUCAAGAGAACAGAAGUCAAGACCUCGGCAGCAGUUUCGGGGAACUCAACCAGUACAAGUGUUUCCUCUUCAGCAACCAGUGGCCUUACAGGAUGGGCUGCUUUUGCAGUCAAAACCUCCUCUGCCACUCCAUCAACUACCAAACUGGGAUCAACAGCACAGAGCACCAGUGGGAAACCUGCAGCCUCCUCUAAUAACCAGAAACCCGUGGGUUUGUCGGGGUUGGCAGCUCCCAAACCAGGACAAGGGUCAAAAGCAGCUUCAAACACGGCCGGGGACGCCGGGAAUCCGUCGGCCUCCCUCAAAGGCCCCACUUCUCAGGAGUCUCAGCUCAAUGCCAUGAAAAGGCUGCAGAUGGUCAAGAAGAAAGCUGCUCAAAAGAAACUCAAGAAGUAAUCCUGCUGCUUGUUAAUUUUUUU